AUGGAGUGGAACAACUCGCGCCUCCGCAGCCAGUCUGCGUUUCUGCAGCAACCGCCGUUGCGACCAUCGACAACCUCGCGCUCUCCUUACUGGAACUACGGCGACGGCGACGGAGAAGAGUAUAACACUCCACCCCAGCACGAUGUUGUCCUGAGACCCGCGCGCUACAACAACGUAUUGCUGCCGCCUCCGCCGAUCCCGUCGCUCAAGGCCGAGUCGUCGGGGGACACCACGAACAACGGGGGCGUGCUGCUCCAGUCGUUCAACUCGCUGGGCAUGCCGCAGCUUGAGGAGUCGACCGAGUUCCAGCCGUUCUUCACGUCCCAGAGCUCGAGCUUCUCGGACAGUGCCUUUUUCCAGCCGAGCCAGCAGCAGCAUCCAGCGCCGCCCACACUGCCAGAGCUGCAAGUGCAGCAGCAGCCGAGCGAGCAGCUUCCGUCCCAGUUCUCGCAGUUCGGACAGUACGCGACGGGGAUGUCAAGCUACUACGCACCAUCGAUGCCCCUGACGCCCCCUCCGCCUGCAGCGCGCCAGUCCGUCGACUACUUCCCGGAAGGCAUCCCAACGCUCCACAGCGUGCACAGUCCCGUCCCGACACUACCGUCGAGUUUCGGCCAGCACGCACAGCAGCAGCAGUCUGCCCCCGCGGAAUCGUUCCAUGGCGUGAAGAAGCGAGGUGGAGGUCGCCUGAGCGCGCCAUUCACGAGCAUGUCCACCGUGCACGAGCCCAAGUUCUCGCCGGACAAGCGCAAACUCUGUUGCGUGGAAGGCUGCAAGAGCCAAGCGCGAGCGUUCAACCGCUGCAAGCGGCACGGCGGGUCCAAGCGCUGCUCGAGUCCAGGCUGCACCAAGAGCGUGCAGAGUCGCGGGCUGUGCAUCCGCCACGGCGGUGGCUCCCGUUGCCAGGAGCCCGGGUGUUCUCGAGCGUCGCAGAGCCACGGGCGGUGCAAGAUGCACGGCGGAGGACGUCCGUGCAUCGUCGUCGGCUGCGAGAAGAAGGCGCAUCUGAAGCGGCUGUGCCGCAAACACGGCGGCGGCGCCAAGUGCUGCGUGGCCGGCUGCGAGAAGUGGGCCCAGCGUCAGGGCAUGUGCAUGACGCACUCCAAGGUGGUGGCGACGCAGCCGAGCGGCAUCGGCCUCAUCGGAGACGCGUUCCUGGACAGCCGCAAGCCGUCGCCCGCUCCGUCAGCCUCCGGUUCCUCCUCGUCGCCGUCGCUGCAGUUUUUCGCCGAUAUUAUGCGGGCGUGA